AUCCUUUUGCCUUUUUACCAUCUCUCUUUUAUAUUCCCUCUCUUUCAAAUCUCAAUCGAUUCACCAACUCGUUGUCUUUUUUUAGAUUAGAUAAUUAGACUCUAAUAUAGUCCUAAAAAUCUACUAUGUCUAAAGACAACAUCUCUAACAAAUUCGAAGACCAAAAAGUUCCCCUUUUAAAAAACCACCAAAAUAAUCAUUUUGAUAAUUAUAAUGAUGAUGAGAGUAGUAGUAGUCUUGCAAAACGGGUACGGGUCGAAUCCAAGAAGUUAUGGCACAUCGUCGGCCCGUCAAUCGUGGCCCGUAUUGCUACUUACACUAUGUUGGUUUCUACUCAAGCCUUCGCCGGCCACCUUGGUGACCUUGAGCUUGCUGCUAUGUCCAUAGGUUGCAAUGUCAUCGUUGGCCUCGAUUACGGUCUCAUGUUGGGAAUGGCAAGUGCUUUGGAGACACUAUGUGGGCAAGCAUAUGGGGCAAAGAAGUACCACAUGUUGGGCGUCUACAUGCAAAGGUCAUGGAUUGUGUUAUUUGUAUGUUGCAUCCUUUUGUUACCCUUGUACAUAUUUGCAACACCUUUGUUAAAGCUAUUAGGCCAACCGGACGACGUGUCCGAGAUGGCUGGAGAGGUGACCUUAUGGAUGAUACCACUUCAUUUUAGCUUUGCCUUUCAAUUACCGCUACAAAGGUUCCUGCAGUGCCAGCUUAAGGCCAACGUCAUGGCGUGGAUCUCAGUGGUCGCGUUGGCGGUACACUUGUUCGUGUCUUGGUUGUUUAUGUCUGUGUUCAAGUGUGGCGUUAUUGGUGUUUCUGCCGCCCAGAACUUUGGGUGGUGGGUGAUGGUGUUUGGGUUGUAUGGUUACACUGCUUUUGGUGGGUGUCCCCUUACUUGGGAUGGUUUCUCUAUGGAGGCAUUUUCCGGCCUUUGGGAGUUUGUCAAGCUAUCUACCGCUUCCGGCGUCAUGCUUUGUUUGGAAAACUGGUACUACAAAGUAUUGAUACUGAUGACUGGAAAUCUGGAGAAUGCCGAAAUAGCCCUUGAUGCGUUAUCCAUAUGUAUGAGCAUCAACGGAUGGGAGAUGAUGAUUCCUAUGGCAUUCUUUGCUGGUACUGGAGUAAGGGUAUCAAAUGAACUAGGAGCAGGGAAUGGAAAUGGAGCAAAAUUUGCAACCAUGGUAGCGGUUAUGACAUCCGUUGCAAUAGGGAUUUUCUUUUGGUUGCUAGUUUUGAUUUUUCACGAAAAGAUUGCUUUUAUUUUCUCAACCAGUCCACCCGUCAUCGAAGAGGUUAAGAAGCUUUCUGUCCUCUUGGCGUUCACCAUCCUCUUCAACAGUGUCCAACCCGUCCUCUCCGGUGUCGCGGUAGGAUCAGGGUGGCAAAGCACGGUGGCUUACAUUAACAUCGGAUGUUACUAUUUGCUUGGGGCACCACUUGGGUAUUUGAUAGGCUGGACAUUUGACCAAGGAGUUAUGGGUGUUUGGGCUGGAAUGAUUUUUGGGGGGACUGCAGUUCAAACAUUGAUAUUAGCUAUCAUCACAAUGCAAUGCGACUGGGAUAAAGAGGCUAACAAAGCAACUAUCCAUGUAGAGAAGUGGGCAGAAGGCAUCUAACUUCAAUAUGAGAGACUAUUGUUUUAGGUAUAAAUAUAAAAGGGAAAAUGUUCCUUAUCUACAUGUUCCUUAUCUAGAAUAAAUAUAAAAGGGAAAAUGUUCCUUAUCUAGAAUACUAGAUUAGAUCCCGUGCACGCACGGAUUUUGAUAAAUUUUUUCACAAAAUAUUUAACAGAAUAUCUCCCAAACUACUGCAUAGUUAUAACAUUUUUAACAUGUUCGUUUAAAUUUAUUCAUCUAAUAUUAUUAUUUAAAAUGCUAAUAUGGUAAUUUGACCAAAA